UAACAAUUUUUGUUGGGGACAUUUAAGGGCCAGUGUCAAGGCAAACGGCCUUAGUUUCAGCUUGACAGUCUCCGUGCAACAACUCGGUGUCAAGGGUUAAUUUACUUGAUAAUCACCAAAUCUCAAAAUGGCAGAACUUGACAUGAUGAACAGGGAUCCCAACAGUCUCAAUGACCACUUGAAGGUGAUGUUCGAGGAUGUUAUCGGGGAGCCCGAAGGAGCCCACAGUGCAGAUUGUGUAUGGCGUAACUCCUACAAAUGCUUCACCUGUGGCAAGAGCUGCUGUUACACCUUCCUCACCUUCAUCUGUGCUAUUCCCUUGUCUCUCUGCUGGGGAUGCGAGUUCGCCAUGAUGUCCUUCCAACACAUCUGGCAGUUCACACCCUGCCUCAGGAUGUGCAGCAGCUAUCUUGGAUGCUACCAGAAAUUCUUCGGCUCCCUCAUCAACUGUUGUUUGGCUCCCAUCUGCGAAGCAUGUGGCCUGUGCUUCAGUAAAAUCGCCGUCGCCAACAAAUAACCCAAAAUCUCAUUAACAACGCUGCAUCAAAAUGCUCAGGUUCCUAUUGGACGAGAAUUGAUCGUGAGGAUGGAAGGGACAUCGACUCUUGACUCUGACUAUUUCUUGAAGUUCUGUCUCGCCGGUUGAGAAAACUGUCUUAACCCCAGAAACUGUGAUAUCUUUCCUUUACCCUUUGAUAUCCAUUGUGUAUAUAUAUAUAUAACUGUUGUGUUCCAUAUACACGUGUAUAUGUACCUAUCUUGUUUAUUUCCUUUCUGUUGUUUGCUUUGACAAUCAAAUUUGAAUCAUAUUGUACAUAGAUUAUUGUCUGUACAAUCCAAAUAAAUCUUUACUCACAA